ACAUCGACCAGGCACUCCACAAUAACGUCAUGCUCCUCUGAUGCAGAAUCAAUCACAUCGGAACGGCCUGGCUCCGGGCGCAUGCACUCCAGUUCCUGCGGCUCCACGCCGCAACCACCACCAUCGUUGACGACGGCGAUGGCAAAACCGGUGGCUGUACAUGCCGACGGCACAGUACGCAUGUCAGUGCAGCGUCUAUCGUCGUCAAGGCGACGGAAACGAGCCUUGUCGGCCAGCAGCUUCACCUCGACGAAGAUAGAUCAGAGGCUGGUAUCAUUACAGGAGAUCAUUACCAGUGAGAAGGAAUAUGUACAGGCGUUGAGAACAAUACAGACGGUGUAUGCAAACCCAAUGACCAGUCUCCGAAUACUCUCAGCUCAGGAGAGGAGUGUGAUCUUCCCGAGGCAGCUGCUGGCCAUCCAACACAAACACGAGCGCUUUCUCCAGUCACUAGAGACUAGCAGAGCCAACUGGUCAGCCAGCUCCAUGCUUGGAAACUCCUUCACCAUCCUGUCGAAUCAAGAAAAGCAAACCCACAGUCUACUCAACUGCUACCGUCUGUACUUGGAAAACUUCGCCGAUGCCAUGCAAGUGUUGAGCGACAAGAUUCGGGUGUCGGCGUGCGUGCGGGGAUUUAUCGAGGACGCAUCGUUGGCAACCGAUGACUCCACUGCCGCCCCAGGCCUGUCCAUGCUGCUGUUGUCUCCGAUCAAGAGACUGCCGCAAUAUAUUACCCAUCUGAAGGCCCUGCUGAAAAGCACGCCAGAAGGUCACCCGGACAAGAAGGCAUUCCUGCAGGCGGUCCAGGUGCUGAACAACGCCCUGCCCGCCAUGCAGGAUACCAUGCAGGCGUCCACCAAGCUAUUCGAUAGACUAGCACCGGACCAGUCCAGAGCUCUCAUGCAGGCAAAUGACUCAAUUCGCCAGUCACUGCGCUACUCCGCGCACGCUAAAGCAAGAGCUUCCCAACGUCGCUCUCGCCAGCGUUCAGUGGUUCGCAGCCGCUACUCUGAGCGUCCAGUGGAUGUUGAUGGUCUGGACAUGGCAGCACCAGGGCUGAAUAGUUUGUCGGCAAGAAGGCAAGCAAGCGGGGAACAGGAUGUCCCCGAAAAGCCUCAGCGUCGCAAGCCGAUUCGCAAAAUGUCACUCAAGUACAUGGUGAACAUUUGGCAACAGCGACAGCAGGGACAAGGAUCAGCGUCCUCCUCGUCCAGAUCGUCAGCCGAGUCCGGAUCUCACACCCGGACCAAGCGCAAUCGCCGCGGACUCAAGGGGCUCGGCCGUGCAAAGACGUUCUCGGCCGGCGAUCGGAAAAUAGCCGCUGGGCAUCGCAUGUCCAAAUCGUACUCGGCCGAUUCGCUUCAUAGCGACGAGUCAUCGUCAGACGACCCCAGGCCGUUGACCAGGAACGGCAAGAACGCCUUCCAAACGGGCAGCGUGUUUACGAUGCCCGGCCGAUAUGACAAACAGGCACGCCUGCCGCCACCCAGCUCCUCAUCAUCAUCCGUGGACUUAGCAAGUGACAGCAACAAUGGCGGCAAAGCAGGACGACAUCACUGCGACUCGCCCAAAGCGGGGUCGGCCAAGCACUCACAAUCGUCGGCACACGACAAGAAAAAGAAGGUUAAAUCAUCGGGCUCUUCCGAAGGUGGAUCCAAGCACGACUCACCCCACAGCCAUCUGAGCCAAGCCCGAGAACAGUCGGCCAAGCUGGCUUCGGAGCGGCUCAAGCUCACCAGCGACUCAUCACCAGCAGCCAGCACUCCCGCUACGACGGGUACAUCACCAUCGGAAAGAACGCAAGUAGACGACGCUGCCUCAAACAUCGCCAUCGCACGCAAUUCGAUGGAUGGCGGCCAAGUUCGACACAACCGCAGGAACAACAAUUCAUCCGGUGAUAACGCCUGCAGCAGAGGCAAGAGAGGCACUCCUGCAAAGCGCAAGGAAUGCCAGGAAUCCAUGGCAACGGAAAUCAUCGAUGACUGCGACAGGAUGACAAACGCCAUCAUCAACGAAUUCAGCAGACAAGAUCACGGCGGCUCCCCGCUACCAACAGCCAACAACACGAACAAUCACUUCCAGUCACCCCACCGCACGCGCCAGGUGGCCAUACGCGGCCCCAACAGGAAUACGCCAUCCGCGGGGAAUUCCCCCUAUCGCACGGCGGCGGGCACGCCGGGAAGGAAGCUUCCGUCGAUGAAACCGAACAUCCCGCCAGCACUGGCAACACCACCGGAUCGAUGUUCACUGGAUGGCGGCGGUGGUGGUGGUGGUGAUACAAACUCCACAUGCAGCAAGAACAGCGCCGCUACACCCACGCACGCCGCCAUCGCCAAGGUCAAAUCCGCACCUCACCCGCUCAAGAUCGCCGGCGCCGUGAGCAGCCUCCCGCAGUCGCCCCUCAGCAAGAAGAACUCCGUGGCAAGCUUCGGCGACGUGCCGCUUAUCGGAAACGGCGCCGUCAACCCGGUCACCGUCGUCGGUGGCAACGGUGAGCUGCCGCACGGCAUCGUCGGCACGCCAGUCACACUGCCCUCACCGGUCACCAGUGCCACUCACAUGCAGAGCAGCAGCACGGACGCACCACUAUCCGACAGUGUGUUCACGCCAUCGCCUCCGAUCAUACAGCACCAGCACGACGCUAACGGCUUUGGUCUCAGGUCGCCCGAGUUUCACGCCGCGGUCGCCGGCAAAUCGGCUCCCUCGUCGCUACGGCGACGCCGCGGCCUGACAGUUCCGCCAUCGCCGGCGGCGCUCGUCGCCCCCGCCAACCACGGCGCCAUGACAACGCCAAACAAAGACGCCAAACUGGCCUUGUUCUCGCUGCCGCAGCACCCGGACUUGUCGUCGCGCCACGCCCUGACCAACGGGCUGGCGAAGAAGCUCGCGCAGCCCGGAUUCUCCUAUGUUCCGUCUGCGUCCGGCCGAAACAUCCUGAUCGUCAAGGGACCGAAGAAGACGAAAACCGUUCCCUUCUUCAAGCUCAAGUUCUGGAAGAACCGUGGAGCAGGCGGAAACAGGAGACAAGAUCAAAACAACACGGAAAUUUCAGCGUAAUGGCAAGCUCAGUUUUCAGCAGAGCCGGCGAUGCUGAUCUGUAACCCGAUCUGGGAUAUUUCGCCUCUUUUCAGCUUUCGUCAUGCAUCGGCAGUACGACCUCAUCACUGGAACCAAGGACACUAAUAUCGUUCCAAACGAAUUACAGUACAGCCCCCCCCCCCCCCCCCACACACACACCACACUGGACUACAAUUACAUCAUCAAUUACGUCAUCAGCAUCAAAGCCCCCUUGGCACAUUGUAUUGCAAUUAUGGAUUACGUCAUCGGCAUCAAGCCUCACGAACGAUCAUUGACACACCUAAUCAUCACCCAAGGACGACUGGAGACCGCUAGAUAGACAGACAGGAUCGAAAACAAUACUCACAUAGUAUUAGUCUGUACUGAUCAAGGAAUGACCUUUACAGCAGCCACCCCGUCCCCAACCUUAAAGUAUACACGUGAGGUGGCACAGUUUAUUUCCUAUGACAUCGUCCUAUGUGCAAACUCUUGACCACGACCUAGCCUUGAGCCCGCACUAAGUUAUACAGUCAUUGAACACACACACACACACACACACACACACACACACACACACACACACACACACACACACACACACGCACUAUUGAACACACACACACACACACGCACGCACGCAUGCACACACACACGCACGCACGCACACACACAUACACACACAUAAUGGUGUAAAGUUAAAGAUUCCGCCACAGUAGAGCUAUCACACAUGCCUACAAAUCAUGCUCCAGACGUGCAGACGUUUUACUAUAAUAAUUAUUAUGACUGUAUUGUUACUGCCGCGUAUUCUCGACUGUUUGCGAGGCUGCUCAUUUUGCUGCAGGCUCUGAGCACACCCUGAGCACA